AUGGCGGAUCAUCAAGAUCCCAAGGCAGCUGCAGCGGCAACAACAACUGCAGACACCACCACCACUCCUACCACCACCAGACCCCAGACAACCACAACCAAAACAACACCAACACCAACACCAACACCAACACCAAGCACCCUCUCCAAACUCGCCACGAAAGCAAAAGGAUACACCAAGUUUUGGGCCGAGCACGUAAAGAAGGGGGAAGCUCCCUGGACCCAGUGGUACUGCUGCGGGAUCGUCAACGGCAAGUUAGGAGGUGCGGCCAGACUGCUGGAUGCGCCUCUGAAACGAGGAAUCCAUCUUGAGAUAGGAGAUCAGAAUGAUGUGAGCGAGCAUACGGAGCUGGGUCCUCUGGAUCAAGUAUGCCGCGGGUGCAUCUUCAGAGUCGAGCAUCUUGUCAAGCACGCAAGAACCUCUUCUGCGUUUCCAAAACCUCUUGCGGUGGAUGAGGACGACUGCUUCUACGAGCUCUUGUGCUCAGCGGAUGCGGAAUUCAUGCGAUGUUCGGUGCUGGCCGAGAUGGUCUUCGAUGUGACCGUGUGGUGCGCAACCAAGAUCUAG